CGCCGCUUCCUCGUCGGAGCUUCGCAGCUGGAAAAAAAGACAAAAAACAGGGGCCAGGGGGGGGGGGAAGAAAAAGGAAUAAUAUGUCGAGGAGUUAAAUGGCAUCUACGGGAAGGAAUACGCUGGGACUUCUCCUCAGCCAGUCGCGGAGAAGAUAAACAAGCCGCAUGAGAAGAGAAAACUCAGGUCCACCCAGGCUGUGUGCAGCCGUAAAACGCCAUCAUGCUGGCCUGCAUUCAAAGACGGCAGAACCUGUCGUCGCAACAUUUGACCUGCGUGCCUAAAAGCCUGGAUGUCCUGACGCCACCAUUGCUGCUACCUGCGCCCCCGCCACCACCGCACACCCAUAAAGGCGAGCCAGCCUCUGCCGGGUCCAGGUACCCGUCUCCCGCCGAGCUGGACGCCUUCGCCAGGAAGACCGCCAGCAGCCCGCUGUGCAUCAAGAUCUUUCCGUCGGACAUCCGGGUGCCACAACACAAACAGCUGAGCAAGACGGUGAACGGCCUGGACACCACGGGCCAGAGCUACGGCACUUACUCGCAGCCUUACUCGGGAGGCUAUCAGGGCUUGUUGGCCAUCGGCAAGGUGGCGGCGGCAGCGGUUAAGGGGGUGGUGAAGAACUCUGAGGGGAAACGGACGAAGCAGACACACAGCCAGGCUUGUCCGACGCCAUAUAAAAACCCAGUGAAUAAUGGCUAUUCCGUCAGGCACGGGCACAAGGCCUAUCACGUGAGCUCGUGUAAGCCCGACGUUCCCGUGGAGACACUUUGUUCCAUUGCUGGGAUGCCCUCCGGAGAUCAUAGCCUGCUCCCUCGCUCUGAGCUGGCAGAGGUUCAGAGCCUGAUGAGGCAGCUAAACAGAGUCUCCCGGCCAGGGGGCGAGGCUAGAGCCAGCCCCUCUCUGCAGGCGGUGGCGGCCGUGGCGCACUCGGACUUCGUCGCGGGUGUCCCUCUGACGCAAUGCAACACGCCGUUCGGCGGCGCGGUGGACCCCGUGCAGAGCGCCGCCCACGUGGCCCAGGCUGACUAUGCCGCAUGGCAGCACAGGCAUCAGGUGUAUCGGCGGGGAGCGGCGAGGAUGUACAACCUCGUAGCGGCCGACUCCGGUAUUGGAGAGUCUCCUGAAAGCUGCCUGCCUUUGAUGUCCUCCUCGUACGGGGUGCAUCCACCCGUACAGGGUCACUUCUCCGUCAAACACUUCUUCACGCCGCUGUGGGACGGCGUUACCGCUACGCCCAAUAGCGACUGCUGCGCUUCUCAGGUGCCGGGUACCUUGGCGCCCCCGCACCCCCGACUCGGCCAACACCACCAGACACAUUUCCACCCUGUUCCUGUUCAUCCUCAGGUCUACGGCACAGAGCAAAAUGUCUGCUGUGGGCCGCCGGGCGCGAGUCUGUGUCACGCCGCAGUACUCAGCAGAAGUCUGCAGUCUCUGGAGUGCCUCAUCAGUGAAAUCCAGCCGCCCUGCAUCAAAGAGCGCAUGCUGGGCCGCGGGUACGAGGCUGCCGGGACGCAGCAGAUGCUGGAGCAGCAGCAGCAGCAGCAGCAGCUGCCUCAUCAUCAUCACGCUCACAUCCAACUUCCAGUCUACAGAUGAGACGUAACGCGGCCAACGAAAACUCGCUUUGAUAUCAAAGGCGACCCGCUGGAUAUCAGUCGUGCAAUUCGGAAUUUGACCAAAAUAUUCAGGAAGUCUCACAAAAACGCGGAAUUUUUACCUGCCGUUGUGAAUGACCUGAGCAUAAUUCACGCCUCCCCUAAUUAUAAUUUUCUACAUGAAUAGAUGAAACUGUAAAUAUGCCACAAACUAUAAUCACUUUAGUAUCAUUCCAAACACAUCUUACAGCAUUACCCUUAAAAAUAAUUGGUUAACAGAUUAUUUGAUUUCAGGAAAAAAAAAAAAAAAUACACAAGUGCGUGUGUGUACAUGCGGAGAAAACUUUCCGUAACUUUUUCCCCUAACUAACCAAUGCUGUACUUAGCUUCCACCGACAUAUAUAGCUCAUCUCUCAGUCGAGAUGUAUCACUUCAACAUAGUUCCUUGACACCAAUGUUCUUCUUUCCUGUUAGAUAUCCUAUAUGUCUGCUGCAUGUGCAUUAAAUAAGUGUAAUUGGGCGGCUUGGCGAAGAAGUGCUGCCCCCACAAGUGAAAAUACAAUCCGUGCUUUUACCGUUUUAAUGGGGGCUGACUUUUUUCUUCCACACUCGAUCGAGGCUGCCGUUCUGCAAGUGGUAGCCGUCCGUCUCGUCGCAACGCCCCUACCGCCGCCGACAUUCGUCAUGGUAACAAAAGCCCCGUUCCUGCAGUAGAUGGGGGGCAGGGUGGGCAGUGCCUUGAGUAUAAUCUCUCCUCCUGCCAUAAUGACCAAAAUUAAAAUACAGUAGUGAGUAGGCCUAAGGGUUUAGGGGGGAAAAAACGACGGUUUUUAACCCCUAAUAAGGAUAUGUACUACAACUGUUAUGUAAUAUAAUUGUAAUCCACUGUAACACUAUUAUUAACACUGCACUUAACUAUAGGAAAAUGAUGAUCCAAGUAAAAUGUAUUGCACAUAAAUGUUAAAAAUUGUACCUAAAUAACAGUUUAAAAACAGUUUGUAAAGGUUACAUGCAAAUGUAUUGAAUUUAAAAGUUAAAUACAACUGAACUGUACUUGGCCAGUUAUUCGUCCACGUAUCACUAGAGGAAGCACUGAAUCUGUUGUUUGACUUUUCCCCUGAAAUUUUUGGUUGAAUUCCGAGUUCCGAGGGUCCACCGUCUAUUACCUGUCUUGUGUCAAAAGACUGUGCAGGAAAAUGAUAAUCAUGAGCCAAGAAGCUGAUUUUUCUGUCAUUAUUCCUCAUACUGAUGUACAGCACCUACGGUGACCAUUAUUUACCAUAAUAAUAAUCAUAAAGAGUGACUGUACUUGAAUCUGCUUGCCCACUCCAAGAGAAUCAUGAACACUCAGGCUUCUCCUAUACAAUUCUUAUGCUCACUGUAUGGAGGUGGGGGAAGAUAAAAGAUGUGAAUAUUUCUUUGCGUCACACAUUACUAACGAGUAAAGUUUUUCUCUAGCAUAUGAUGCAUAUUCUGUCAUGUUUUUUAGAAGUCUCAGUUGAUUUUAAUGUCGUCCACGGCAGUUCCAAAUCAACUGUGGCGUUCAGGCCGAGCAGAAUGUGCCCUUUGAUUGUGUUUCAACAUGAGAUUUUUUUUUUGUCUUUUUUUUUCAGGCGAACAUUCACUGGACAUAUUAAGGUACACGGUUUAAUUAAAUCCAGUACAAGAGCUGUAUCGGAAAUUCCGCCUUUACAGGGAUAAAGAUUUUUAACAAUUUUUUAAAUACAGCUUUAGUAUUGGAUCUCAUUACACUGUACAGCUGUACCUAAUAUUAUGGUUUCCUCUCCAUAGCUCUGGAAUGUUGUGGCGACUACUCACAAUCGAAAACAUCGCGGCGGGUACUUGCCUGUGUGUCUGCGGUGCUUGUAUGAUAUUUAUUUAUGUUGAUUUGUAUGUGGGGGAGUAUCUCUAUUAAGUGCAAUUAUUUUAUCUAUGGACUUGAUGAGGUAUGUUGUUGAAAUAAGUAUAUGUAUGUACUGUAUGUAUGUAUGACCUGUCCCUUUUUGCCCUCUGCUUCCUUAUGGGGAUUGUCAAGUAAAUGACAUUUUCUAGACCCAAAACAAAUGUGUGCGUUUGUCAUUACACACAUUUCUGCAUUCUUUUGGAAAACAGAGUUGGACGAUGUCACUGGACUGUGAAGCUGUUAAGUAAGGUAGACGAAAAUAUAAAACGAAAGAUGAUGCUUUAUAUGGUAGAGCUGGGUGAUGCACCUUAAAAUAAAAUGUGUUUUUAAUCGUC